AUGCCGCCUCGGCUCUCCACCCCCACACAGCUCGUCGCUUCGUCAGAUCCAUCACCAAGACCAGCAUACUUCGACGCUCGGACAUCAUUCGAUCGUAUACGGCUCACCUCAGCUCGGUAUCUUGGCCAUGGGCCGAAUGAUGACGAGAGGACGCCUACGACGGCCGAAUCUUCGGCCGCAGAAGCCGAGGACAAUAUCGCCUCGUUGACACGGAGGCAUAUUCUCGUGACCGGAGGGUUUGGGUCGCUAGGGAGAUAUGCCAUUCGCGACCUUCUAUUGGGACACUCUUCGGGCGCCUUUAAAGCAAAGACGUCGAAAGACCCCGACGAAUGGGUCGCCGUACCGGGUCAAACACCGCCGAUCGACCCGAGUCGCAAAGAUUUGCUGGUCACCAUCGUCGACGUCGAGGACCGAUCCGCCGAGCUCGACUUUCUCUUGCACAACGCCCCGAUCGACGAAAAACCUAAAGUCAAGGGGACCGAUCCUCGAGCAUCGGCUUUUGCUUUGAGUGAACGAAGCAUCGAUAGUUUCAAGAGGCAGGGGAAGCUGAGGAUCGUAAUCGGCGAUGUUCGCGAUAAGGACCUGAUGAAGAAGAUGCUCUCACCUGAUGGGAUGCUCGUGACCGAGUUGGCGACGCAACAAUCUCCUGCGGUAGGAGAAGUCAAACCCAUCGUGGCAGGAGGUCAUCUGACGACGACGAUCAAGAUCCCUCCCGUUUCGGGCAUAAUACACCUUGCAGCCUACAACCCCUCAGCAUGCCGGCUGAAUCUGCGGGAGUGCGAAAAUGUAGAAUCGGAAGGGAUGGACGUUGUGUUGGAGCAGCUCGAACGACCCGGUCUCGAAAAGCCACCCUCGUCGAAGUCGAACGCCGUCUUCGCGAACCGACCUUGGAUCGUAGUACCCAGACGAAGAGAUUCUUGGAAUGAUGUCCCCGAAGCGUACAAUCGCAACGCAUCGGAGCUAUCGACGGAAGGGGCCAUCGAGGCGCUCAAGACGUUCACCGUUCAUCACCCUCUGCAUUCGCUCUUGCUGCGUCUUCCUCCUCUCGAUUCGAUUGUUGGUGAUCCUUACGCAUCUCGCUCGGAUGUGAUCCCUCAUCUCGUCGAGUCUGCACUGGGACACAUGCCCUUGCAUAUUUACACCUCUCCCGAUAAUUACGAGCCAUUUCUCGCCGCCAACGAUGCUUCACUGUCGAUCAUUCAGAGUGCUCGCAUGCUCGAACUCGCCUCGAGGAAGAAGUUCCUGCGUGCACUUGGAUUUGUCGCCGAGGUCGAUGUGGUCGGUGCCGAACGGAGAACGAAGGGCCCAAGCACGCUCCCGAUCGUCGACAUGGUCAAGACCAUCAUCCAAUUAACGUCGAGUCAGUCGCCCUUCCUCGAGAUCAAGCAACUCAAUGCUACCUCGUCGUCGAGCGGCUUGAAUGCCGAUCAACUGAAGGCGCAGCAAGCGUCAUUCCGCAAGAGGGCCGACAAGACCAUUGGGUUCAGACCCUCGACCACCCUGCGCGUCGAGCUCAAGCGCUAUAUCGCCGCCGUCUUGAAGCGGCACAUGCCAUAUUUGAGCAGCAAGAUCAAAGUCGCUUGCGCCUCGCCACCGUCGACCUCGGUACUCGAGAGCGGGAUCCUGGCGUUGAACGGGUGCAGUGCGCAGCUAUUGACGAUCGUCGAAGGGAGCUAUUGGAUGUUGGGCUGCUCCGAGGGGGUUGAAGGGCCUCAUUUGGAACCUUUGGCGAUCCUCCCCGCGGUUCCGUUCAAGGAGGGGGUGCGCGCAGUUGAGAUUGUUGCCGAACAAGGUCACGAUGGUAAAGCCGACCUGCAACUACGGUGUCCGCGUUGGAAGGAUGGUAAACUGACGGGUGAGAGCGAGGUCAUUAUUUGGGCCGAGACGCGCGACGGAGGUGAAUUUGCGUUUGCUUCCAAGCCGGGCGUGCACAAGAUCGCGGAUUGGUUCCCUGUCGAGUUUGUCAAGCGCGAUUCGAGGGCCUUUUUCCUUUCACUUCCGCCGACACAGGGCAAGGCCGAGGGCGAAGAGAAGAAACGGCACUUGACUAUUCCGGAACCGACGUCAACGCUGAAGAAGAUCAUGUUCAAGACCGAUAUGGACAACUCUAGGGUCGCGCAUUUCAAGAUCAACCCUAUUUGCUGCCCCAAUAAAGACGUCAGCAAGGAAGGAUGGGACUUUUUCAAAGAAGAUCGUGAGUUAUUUAUUGGGCUAUGUUGCUCUUCGUCGCGAAGCGUGACUAACCUACGCUGCACGCGCCACCCUUCAGCCCUGCUCGCCUCUCAAGUGUUGUUCCCCGUCCAGGAGGGACACGUGUCUUUGAUCGCCUCGACAACGAGUGUUCAAAGGUGUCGAGAGCUGCACGCCGAAUACGAACGCAUCCGCAAGCUCGAACGCACCCUAGAUCCCAAGGCUGCGGAGCCCGUAUGCAACCCCAAACGCGGCGACGCCUCCGGGUGGUCGGCAAAGUCAUUCCCCAUCUGCCCUAUCGACUGCGAUGCCCCACUCAAGUGCAUCGCCACGGAAAAGUGCAAGUGCACACGCGAUCGAUGCGGCAUCUCCGGAAGAAAUGGUCCAUUCCCCAGUGUUGCCUGGAGUGAUCGAAUCUCGUUCAGCAAAACCGUGGUCCCCGUGGCCAAGUUGACCUUGCAGCAGCGCGUCAAUGCGAUUCCAUGGGAGCACGUCCUCUUGCCCGGAGCACAACACGCGUUCGCGACGCCGCUCAACGAUCUACCAUUCGCCCACGUCGUCGCGUUGCCCAAGUCCGUCGACAACCAUCUCACUUCGCCCGCGUGCUGGAACAUCGACAAGUCGCCUCUACCUUUCCUCGGGGAUCAUAUCCUGAUCGAGGCGCUGAAGGAGAGGAGCGUCCCGCUUGCGGAAGCCGACUUUGUCAUGGUUCCAUACUACCAGGGGUGCUACUACAACUACCUCCAAGAGAACACCUUCAAGAAACUCGCCGACACGAUUGGGUUUACCGAGUCGCGCACAGCUUCGGUGCCUCACCUCAAGGCAUCCAAGAUCGUCGUACCCUUCACACACGACUUUGGCUCCUGCACCGGAUGGUGGCCCAAACUCGGGGACGUCCUGGGCCGGACGCCGCCGGUGCCGAUGGAUCAGGCUCUGGCGUGGCAGGUUAACGGCGACUACAAUACCAAGUGCGUCAAACCCGAUCGCGACGUCAUCAUCCCUGCCGUGACGAAGCAUACCAAGGCAUUGCUCGAGACGCACAAGACGGCCAGCGACAUCGUCCCCGUUCAGGAUCGAAAGUUCCUUGCGUUUUUCGCCGGUGGCGUCCGUGGCUUUGGCGCGAUCGUCAGAACCAAGCUUGGCUGUGGCCGCUCGGGUGGUCACCAUGGUUCGGGCAAGAUUUUGUACCAGCAGUAUGCGCCAGGUCAACGGUACCUCGGGACGCUCUCGAACGCUCGAUUCUGCCUGCUGCCUCGCGGGAUCCCAGCGUGGACGACUCGGACCUUCGAAGCGAUCUAUGCGGGCUGCAUCCCUGCCUUUAUUGUCGAUCGCAACCUAUUCCCUUUUCAAGACAUCCUCGACUACUCCCUGUUCUCCGUCUCGAUCCCCGAAGCCGAAGCGCACCGCGUUGAAGAGAUCCUCGGAUCCUAUCCGGAACAACAGCUGAUCGAGAUGCAGGCCGUUUUGGUCAAGGUGCGCGAUGCGUUCGUCUUUGACCAGGGGCAUGAAUGGGAAAGGAAGGGCCCGUUGUUUUUUACUUUGGUGUCGAUGAUGAUGAGAUUGGAUUUGGGGUAUCCUCAAGUCGGGAGUUGUGGGAUGGUGGUCAAGGAUACGACGCAGUGA